AUGUUGAUGCUUGUACUUUUUACAAGCACAUCACAUGGUCAGUCAGCAUCUCGAAAAAAGAUUAUCAUAGACACUGAUUUAUUCAGCGAUGUCGACGAUGCCGGUGCACUUUUACUCGCCAGCACUAUCGACUCCGCUGAAUUGCUGGCAGUAAAUGUCAACUACCCCUCGUCUUAUUCUGCAUUUGCUGCAUCGAGUAUAUUGGGUCAUUAUCAACACUCCCAUGUCCCUAUUGGAUUAACACGACCUAUCAAUGACGACACAUUCUGGGAUCGCAUGAUGUUCGAGUAUGGCGAGUUCGCUAGCAAGGUAGCCUAUCACUGGCGAAAUGCUUCUUCUCUGUCCUUUGCAGAAGAGGCCUGGGAUCCAGUUGAUCUCUAUCGAAAAAUUCUUGCAGAACAAGAUGAUGACAGCGUUACUAUUGCCAGUAUUGGCUUUCUUGAAAAUCUCUCUGCCCUCCUCAACUCAACUGCAGACUGCUACUCCCAACUAUCCGGUCUCGAACUGGUCACAGCCAAAGUAUCAGAACUGGUGAUCAUGGGCGGCGACUAUCCAUCCGGCUAUGAAUGGAACUUCUACGGCUUUGGUCCUGCUAUCACUGCUCAUGUCGUGCACACAUGGCCUAGUGCGAUGACAUUCUUGGGCAGCCAGGUGGGCGAGAAUGUCUUGUCUGGGAGACGGCUAGUGGAAGAGGGACCUGAUGCUGAUCCAGUUAGGUCGGCGUAUAUAUGGUACAAUGGACGCGACAAAGCCCGCUAUUCCUGGGAUCCGCUGACUACACUAUAUGCCGUCCAGGGAUUGGGUGAGCUGUUUAAAUACGGCAAUAGCGGUGGCCACAACCACAUCUAUCCCAAUGGCUCCAAUGUCUGGUUACCAGAGUCUAAAGGGAAUUCGCAGCAUUGGCUAGAACUAGCGGUUCCACCGACCGCGGCAGGCAAAGUUCUCGAUGAGUUGUUUCUUGACGGAGCGAGACGAUUUGCUUGA